AUGCUUAAGAAGAAGACGCUGGCGCCGUCCCUCUUCUUCCGGAAUCAUACUCCAACCACUACCCCCGAAUUGUCUCCCACCUCUUCAGAUAGCGAUUCUGAAGAGGAUAUGGAAUCUUCUGGCUCCCGACCGGUCAGCCUGGCCGUCUCGGCGGGAGCCUUCUCCAUGCGCCCGACUCUCGACGAAGUCCUGGCCAAUGUCGCCCCGCCCCCAUAUACUCUCAGCGCCUUUAUGGCCUACCUCUCCCAGAACCACUGCCUAGAAACCCUCGAAUUCACCCUGGAGGCCAACCGAUACCGGGAAUGCUACUACGCCAUUGUCGACCGAUUAGGCCCCGCCGCACUGGAGUCCGACGGCCCGGAAAGUCAGCACUUGCGCAUGCUCUGGCAACGCUUGUUGACUGCGUACAUAUUCCCAGGGUCACCGCGGGAGAUCAACCUCUCCAGUGAAGUGCGAGACGACCUCCUUCAAUACUCAAACGUCACCGCCCCGCCCGUCCCGGAGACGUUGGAUUCCGCCGUCAAACGCAUCCACGACUUGAUGGAGGAAUCCAUCUUCCUCCCCUUUGUCAACAGCCACACCACCUCCCCAUCUAUGCUCGCAUCCUCUGGUCCGAUCCUAGGUCCGGAAGAUAUCAUGAACCUGUCAUCGACAAGUCUGGAAGAGAACCCGAUGAAAAAGGUCCGGUCCCGUGUCAAGCGGACUUCCCCUCAGUCAUCAACGCGGGAUCUCCCAUCAACGGGUCACAGCCGCUCGAACAUGUCGCUCGGCGCUGCGGAUUCCAUUGGCAAACGCACUUCCGGCGCUCUGCUCAACCCCAGUGGCGAGUCUGCCUCGUUGGCUUUGACUGAUGACAGCGGCUCUCCGCAGUCCAGUCCCACAGCCGAGGAACCCAUGACGCCGCCCACCACCCCGCCUGCCAGCGAACCGCACCUCCCCAUGCAAAGCCCCAAACUUCGCACCGAGAACCCGUGGAAGAAGAUGGGUAUGAAGCUUGGCUUUAAGAAGCGGUCUACUGGUGGUAGCAACGGGGGUCGCGACCCCAAGAUCCUUGGUUUGGACGAGUAA